GCAACUAGCUAUAUUCCACCUCCAGCGUCCCUUUCUUUUUUUCCACUUUCGGAAUCUCGAUUCCUCCACGGCCAUCAUGGCCUUCAAUCCAGCCUCGAAGCGCAAGCCUGCCUUCGCGGGCAAUCAGAACGGCUCCGCCGCAGCCCGCAAGCGCGCCAAAACGUUUGAUGCCCGCUCUCUCGCCGUGCAAGCGGCCGAUGCUGCACUUUCUGCGUCCGGAGAACUCGAUGUAGCCGCCUAUGUAGAGGCCCGGGAAUUCGAGAUCCGGUCCCUGGAGUCAGGGAUGCAGCGAUCGAAGUCCGCUCUGACUAGUCGUGCGUUUCAAAAAGUGCCGCGGUCGCUGCGAAGACGGACAGCCAGUCAUAAUGUUAAGAGGGUUCCGAAGAGGUUACGGGCGAGAGCGAAGAGAGAGAUGCUCGAAGACAACACGCCCACGGUAUCAUCACGAACGAGAAAACCGACCGAGCAGAUGCGCAUUCGACUUGAAACAGCCCGCCGAUUACAAAACUUGAACAAGAAGAGUAAAGCCAAGCGAGAGGCUUUGAAAGCGAAGCGGGAUAAAAAUACCCGGAAGACGUUGGAAGAGUCCGGGAGUCAUGCAUUUGAGAUUGCGCCUCGCGUGCCGAAGAUCAAGAAGAAUACAUUGUCGAGACCGAUACCGCCGGAUGCGAAAUUCAAGAAACGCCAGCGGUGCAAGACUUGGUUGCCUACGCAUAUGUUUCAUGCGAAGAGGGCUCAUAUGACGACUUCGAAGGAUCCGUUGUGGCGGUUUGCGUUGCCCGUGUCGCCAACGGAGAAGAGUUAUAGGCCUACGCAUCGGGCGAGAGGGAUUAGGGGCGCGGUGGCUUGGGAUAUGAGUUAUAUGGCUACCGUUCAGUUGGAGGGGACAGAGGAGGCGCUGGAGGGAGUGCUGAGGGCUGUUGGAGUUGAUGGGGAGGAUGCUUGGGGGGUUAAGGGGAGGAAGUGGAGGGCUGGGACGAGGUGCUUGCGGGCUUGGAUGUAUGAGUUGGAGGGUGAUCAGCUGCCGAUUGCGCCGGUUACUCUGAUUCGGUGUGCUGAGGCCAAGGUGGAGGAUGUGGACAUGGUUGAUGCGGAUGAUGCAGGGAAGGAGAAGAGGAAGAAGGAUAGGAAGAAGAUAUUUGUGCGAGUGCACCCGUCUGCCUUUUUGCAGUUGUGGAAUGCACUCCUGGGCGCUUCGAAAAAACAGAAUCCCCCUGUCAUGGUGGAUGAUUUGCGAUUCGAGAUUGGCAGCAUUGAAAUCACCGGUCCAGGAGCAAUGGAGGCGUUGCUCGCGUCCUUCAAGCCAGUUGCUGUGGAUGGGAAGGAUAUUCCAGCGAACAGCCCGGAGGCUACAUGGAGUUCUCUCCUGGGGGUAUCGAAUCCUUCGUCUCUGCCCCAGAAUGCCGUUCUUGGUUUUUCUGUAUCUGAUCCUCGCCUUGAGUUUCCGCCCAAGACUCUGAAGCCGCCAUCAUCCGACACACAGAUGCAGGAUCUGGCUAUAUUGCUCUCAUCGUGGUCUCCGGACAACACACAGGAAGCUCCUGCUCUCUUCGACCGUCGCACCCGGUUGGCUGCUGCGCGCCAGCUGCCUAGCCAGAAGGCUAUCAACCGGCGUCGCACUGAAGCUGGCAUGGGAAUACGUCCGCCAGCUAAGGAUACCGAUCCGAAGAUACCUGUGAUUGCUCUCGCGUGUCGACCCAGUGUCUACACCAAGAACAGCAACGCCCCCGGGAGCUGGACAGUCCUCCUUCCGUGGAAGUGCGUGCUUCCUUUCUGGUACUCACUGAUGUACUAUCCGCUUUCGAGUGGCGGGAAUCCGAGAUUUGGAGGACUGAAAGAGCAGCAGCAACUCGCAUUCGAGUCAGGGGAGCCUUGGUUCCCUGGUGAUUUCCCUGGUAUCCGCGCUGGCUGGGAAUGGGGCCUUCGCGAGAGGCAGGAAGCCAAGCAAGAGUGGGAGCGCCGCCCGAAGGGCCGCAGGGUUGAGUACGAGAGCAUUGACCUGAGAAAUGGUCAGAAAGGUGAGGUAGGACGGGGAUGGGCGUGCGACUGGGAGAGGCUCGUUCAAGGCCCGACAGAGAGCAGUACCAAGGACAAUGAAGAACCCUCGGAGGCUGAGACCAAACCUGAGGACAGUGCCAUUCACCCACCGAUCGACAUCCACCAAGUGUCGACAUCUUUGGCAGCUAGCGCACUAAAAUGCCCCUCAUUCACUGCCGAUGCCUCAGCUCUGAUGACCGUCAAAUUGUCACUCCUCAACCGCGGAACACCAACCCCCCGAGCCCGCAUCUACCGUCUCCCAACAACCGAUCCCGAACUUCGCCAGAAAUGGCUCUCCCUCGCAUCCAACAAGCCCGACGAUACCGAGAAGCAACUCCAGAAGCAACAAGCCCGUGGCUCCGCUCUUAGUAAUGAGGAGGCCCGGCAACGUCUCGCCGCGUCCCUCAUCGCCCCGUCCGCCGAUGCAGAUGCCCGGCAAGAUCACUUGCCGAUCCCAACUGAAGCAGAUCUAAUCGGGUUCAUCACGACAGGCAAUUACAACCUCGCAGAAGGAAAGGGCACGGGAAUUGGAUCCAUCCAGUUGUCAAAGGUGACGAAGAACACGGGCUCGAGUAAGGGCAUAACCAAUGGGAGGAAUAUGUGUAUCAUCCGGAGUGCGGGUGAAACUGUGGGACGAUUGGGAUUUUGGGAGCUUGUAUAACGGUGUACGAAUAAUGUGGCUUGUUUUAGACAUGAUACCCUGUGUGUCUCGAUGGAUUGGAUUUAUGAUAGAGG